UAAAUUUGACCUUCUUCUCCGUUGCUCUCAACUAACAGCAUCGAAAUGACGCGAGUUCUUGUAACCGGUGCGUCCGGUUUUCUUGCAAUGCACGUUGUGAAGCAGCUGGUGGACUCGAGGGAAUACAUCGUGCGAGGAACGGUUCGUAGUCUAACAAAUGAAAAGAAAGUGAAGCCUUUGAAAGAGCUGUCCUCAGAGCUUGAAUUGGUCGAGGCAGAUCUUACAAAGAAAGAAUCUUGGAUUGACGCCGUUAAAGAUUGCACUUAUGUGAUUCAUGUGGCAUCUCCCUUCCCGGCUGCAACUCCAAGAGAUGAAAUGGAGGUGAUUGGGCCCGCAGUAGAUGGAACGAAGAACGUGCUUGAAGCCUGCGCCAAGACCAAGGGCGGCGUGAAAAGAGUUGUACUCACAAGUUCUUGUGCUGCAGUCUAUGGCGGGCGCGCUGGUGAAGACCAUCUCUUUAAUGAGGAAGACUGGGCAUCUGAGGAAGAGAGCAUCCCUUAUGAAAAGAGCAAGCUGAUGGCAGAGAGGGCAGCAUGGGAACUAGUCAAGAAUUUACCAGAUGAUGAGAAGUUUGAGCUCAGUUGCAUCAAUCCUGGGCUUAUCCUUGGACCAGUGUUGCACGGAUCUACAUGCACCAGUAUGGAGAUUCACAGGCGUCUCCUUAACCGUGAAAUGCCAAUGUUACCCAAGCUAUCCAUUGGAAUAGUUGAUGUCAGAGAUGUUGCAGCGGCACACAUCAUGGCAUUGACGUCAUCGAAAGCCCCAGGUAACAGAUAUGUCACGGUUUCUGUUUGCCUAUGGUGGGAUGAUAUGGCAAAGAUGCUGGAUGAAGAGUUUAGACCUCUUGGUUACAAUGUACCCACUCGAGUGGCUCCAACAUUCUUGCUGAAGAUUACUUCGUGGUUUGAUCCCACAGUGAAGAUGAUCAUACCUGUUCUGAACAAAGAAGUGAGGUUGGACAACAAAAAGAUAAAAGAAGAUUUUGGAUUUCAGUUCCGGGACGAGAAGACAACCAUACUUGAUAUGGGGUACAGUCUUAUCGACAGCGGUUUUAUCAAAGCAACGCCAAAAUAUCAGGAAAUGAAAACACAGCAGAGCACUGCUUCCAACUAGCUGUAGACGGUCACGCUUAAUGAUUUCGUUACUGCCUCCGUUGUUCACAGUUAUGAUUACGCUGGGUGUCAUGUUAGGCUAAUUAACGUCACAGUAUAGACAUUUAGAUUAGAUAAAGACUGUAUAACCAAGGCUUUCAAGCCUUUUAUGAUCAUGUGAAACUGUUUUAUGUUACGUUGUAAACACUUUCAAUUAGACUAGUUAUGGAGGAUACAGACGAGCUAUGAGGCAGUAAGCUCAUAUUUUUAGAUAGAAAAUGAGAAUCGCCUCAUUCAGCCAGUCUUACAACCAAGAUAAUAUUUACUUUUACACUAUUUGCACCUUUGACUGCAAUAUUAAGACUUAUUUUACCCUAAGUAUAGGCAAAACCCGAAUACAAGAAUGGUGUUGUUAUCGUUUAGACGUCUGCAAGUAAGAUAUUUUUUAAUCGGUAGUUGCCAGACGGGAAAGUAAACAACAUGUUUGACUGAUGUAUAUGUGUUUCAAACAUCAAAUACAAAACAAAAAAGAAUUA